AACACUUUUUCUCUCUCAUAAAUCCCCCAGAAACACCUAUACUGUUGUCAUCACUGCUGCUUUCAUUGAUCUCACACAACACAAGUCACGUCACCAAGCAACGCCAUAAAGGUGCUUAAUUAAUUAUACUUAGUAUGAGAAAUAGGUCUCAAAAUUCUUCAGCAACAUCGAGGCCGGUGCGAGUUGAUGAGAGGAGUGAUGUGUCUGGUGAAGACAAGGAGAUUCGAUCCAAUGAUAAUGUAGGAAGUCCUAAGAGGUCAGUGUACGUGAUACUAACAUUGUUUGUGCUGGUCAUCCAUGGGUCUUGGGCAGUUCAUUAUUAUCAGUUUGAGAGUAUGCCGAUGCCACUCACUGCAGAGCAGGCAGGCAAGAGGGGUUUCUCUGAGGAAGAAGCCAUAAAGCAUGUUAAGGCCUUGACUGAAUUGGGUCCUCACCCUGUUGGUUCUGAUGCUCUUAAUCGUGCUUUGCAGUCAUUUGAACUCUGGUCAUUAUUUUUGUUCUUGGCUAUGAAUUCCCGUUGGUGAUCCUUUUCUGAGAAGUCAUCUUGUAGAAGUCUUGUAUUGAUCUGUUUCACUGCAGUAUGUCUUCAAGGCGUCA